AUGGCGUCGGCCCAGCAGGUUCUGCUCUCCCCGGCAGAGCUCGCCUACCUGCACUCAACACUCUCCCUCACGCCGCCCAUCCGCCCAGAUGGUCGCAAGGCGAACCAGUUCCGCCCCCUCACCGCCGAAACGGGCAUACUCCCAGGAACGAACGGCAGCGCCCGGGUGUGCUUUGCCGACGGCACUGAAGCGAUCGUGGGAGUGAAGGCCGAGAUCGAGAAGACCCCCAACCCGUUUGGCAGCGAAGAUGACAGCGAAGAGUUGAAGAAGGCGAGGGAGGAAGGCGAGGAGGCUCGGGGUCGCAACGAGUGGCUGGAGAUCACGGUCGAGAUUCCCGGAUCCAGGGACGACGACGCCGCUACGGUUUUCCUGGCAAAUAUGCUCAGCGAGUCGCUGCUCGCCGAUGGGGAGUUCUCGAAGAAGCUGCGGAUCAACAACCGUUUUCACUGGAAGCUGUUUCUUGAUAUCCUCCUCAUCUCCCCUCCCCUCUCCUAUCCGCUACCGCUACUGUCUCUCACAACCCACGUCGCACUGCUCGCGACCCGCCUCCCGCGCCUGAAGUCGGAAGGCGACGAAGAUCCCAUGUUCGACGAUGACUGGGAGGCCUCGGCGUUCCUGUACCCCCGCGAAGGCGACGCCUCGACCACCCGCCCUCCCAUCACACUUCUCGUCAUCGCCGUUGGAGGCAACAUCAUUUUCGACCCGGCCCGCGAGGAGCUCGCGGUCGCAGAGUCGGCCCUGGCGGUGUCCGUCGCCGAAGAGAAGAGGCCAAACGGAGCCGGAGCCGGGGGCAUGGAGGUGGAUGGCGCGGGUAGGGAUCUGAAGCUGCUGGCUGUCAGGACUGUCGACCCGCCCUCGAGGCUGACGGCGCCCGGUGUUCCCAAUUCUGUCAACCCCGCCACGGGCUUGGCAGGCACGCCGUCGAAGCAGCCGCCGACUCCCCCCCCUGCGGACGGUCAGCCGGCGGAAGGUGUGUGGAAGCCGCCGAUAGGAGGAACAAAGUUGCAUGUGCUCGAGGGCAUGAUUGCCAAAGUUCUGGAGAAGGGAGGCAUUGCGGACGAGGUGUUGGACGGCAUCGCCGGAGUGGAGCUUUCUUAG